AGUGAAGUCAUGCCUCUCUUCCCCUCCGUCUUAUUUCUGAUCUCUCGUUUGCUGCACCUCACACUGACUCCACCCUUGGCAAACUUUGCGCUUCCCUCUGUCUUGUGAAACCUCUACUUAAAAAUAUUCGUUAGACGACGUCUAUGUAAUAUUCUUAUGCAUAUUUCUGUGCUGGGAAAAACACUUCAUAGAUCGGUUGACAUAGAACUUAGGGGCAUGAGAAGGACGUGCUUGAACACAGCUGUGAGCGACUCCACCCUCGACAAACUCUGUGUAUGUGAAUUGUUGUAGUUCCUCUUCUCUGAUCACUCUAUUGCUUACUGUCUUCAGUGCAGUGAUGCUCUAUCUGCUAUAAAUAAAUUUAAAACGUAUAGUUAUAUGUGAAGUGAUUUUGUAAUGAUUUCGAACAAAGAUACAACAGCUGAGCGAUGUAUCACCUGAAGGUGCUGGACGCUAGGAUGGGGAGCCAUGUGUUCAUCUGAAAAUAUUCAACUUGAGCAAAAGACACUACACUUCAGCCUAAAUCUCAAUAAAAAAACUGCUUCUGAAGUUCAGCUUUAGCUUCAUAUCUGCAACAGGCAUGCAAAAUAAGAUGAAAAUGCAAUGGAAAAUAACCCAUAGUGAGAUAUUUCUUUAAUCUUCGCAUUCAAACACUAAGUAAAUCUGAGGUCAUGCUGCUUGUUUCUUCAAAGAUGGACAGUAGAAAUCAAUAUUAGUCGAAAGUCGUGAGAAAAUAAACUAUUCUGCAUGAUGGCUGACAUUGCAUCUCUACUGAGCUGUCUACUGGCUUUCCUCUUCCCCAUCCAUGGCGCUGCUAAUCUCAACCUCUACCUUAAAAGAGAAGAAGUCAAAGGGCUCCUAGGUUUGGAUUCAGAGCUUUACUACGUACGGGCUGGAGUAAUUAACACAUACGCUCUGGGCUACACGGUGAAGGUUCCCUCCAACACGACCGGCCUUCACUUCACGUGGAGCUCACAAGCCAAGCGACCGAUGCCGUACGAAGCAGCGGUGGAGUACGACAAGAGCGAGGCCAUGUUCCAGCCGCGGCUCAAUAUUUCAGCCAAAGGCUUCGUUCCAAGCGAGCCUAGUACCUUCAGGCUGACGCUGCCGUGCUCCGGGCGCGCGGACGCUGAGGUGCUCGUAGCGCUGCAUCUGAACGUCUCCGACCGCCACCACAACCUCACUUCGGUCACCUUCCGCCGCAAGAAGAUCUGCCUCAAAGCUAAACCCGAGAUUAAAGACCCCGACGCGGACGAGCGCAAGGAGUCGGUGUUGGUGUCACCGCAGUUCGCGCACGCGUCGCUGGGCACCGUGUACGUGGCCAUGGGCUGCGCGGCUACCGUCACGGUGCUGGUCAUCACACUCACUGCCAUCGUCUACCUCAGGGUUAAGCGGUCGCGGGACUCUAGCAGCACGAUCACGAGUCGCUUCUACAGCAGCCCCAGCUACUUCGGCUCCGGACGACCCCCAGCCUCGCUCAGGAGCAACUCCUACGCCACCAUCGCCUCCUGCAAGCACCUCACCACCAACACCAAGACUGUUUUGGUGGAAAACCGCAACCCUCUCGGUUACGACCUCAGCUUCUCCUGCGUCGGCAACAUAGAAAAUGGCGUUAAAGAUCCUCAUAAAAACGACAUCCAAGAAACUCCUGAAAAAUUCAAAGACUUGGCAACUUCAUCCUCUGUUUUGGGCUGUGGAAACAACGGUUCAACUGAUAACAAUUUGUCGAAGAAUGUCAUUAACCUAAGCAGUCGAAGCUGCGUUAGUGAAACAAGGCCAUUCACGAACACUUCUUCCAGUCUUUUUGGCAUAGACAAAAAUAGAACUUGCACCAGCAGCAGCGUAGCCGGUGUCAGGGAUGGCAUGAAAAGCAGCGCCGAAAAUUCACAACGUGCGCCACCAAAGCUCAUGGAGAUUGCUGGUUUCUCGAGCAAGAAUAUCAAUAAGGGUGCAGCUUCAGGCAUAUGCACCACACUUAUAGCGGCUAGAGAAGAAGCUCGUGCCAACAGUAGAGGUGGGAGUACCGGAGGUAGCAAUUCUCUUCACUAUGCAAGCUCUCCUCUCAGUCAAGUAUAUUCGACGCCAUACAAUGCUUCUCCUGCACAUUCUUGGCAUCCCAACAGUAGGAUUUCUAUUGCCUCUUCCUGGGGCGCUACUUUGCGUUCGCAAUUCUCAUGGCGGGAGAGCAGAAGAAAAGACACUAAGGAGACAAUCAAGAGCUUGGAAGUGGACAGAUGGAGGGUUGUGGUCGGAGACAUGACCCACGGAGGGACGUUUGGCCGGGUACACGAAGGCCUCUGCAGGCACCCGAACUCUGGCGUGUCGCAGCCUGUGAUCGUAAAAACGGUGUCCGGCGCGGCGUCAGCCAGCCAAGCAAAGCUGGUGUUGCACGAGGGGUUGCUCAUGGCGGGGCUGCAACACCCCAACCUCCUCCCCAUCAUGGGUGUGUGCACAGCGUCUCCUCACGCCCCUCUGCUCCUCUAUCCCCUACAUGCGGGGUCACAUAACCUCAAGCAGUAUCUGAUGAAGAGCGCGUCAGGAGGCGCAGGCGUCGCUAAGCUGCUGACCCACGACGCCGUUGGUCUCGCCAUUGGGGUGUGCAAAGGCUUGCUGCACCUGCACCACAGCGGCAUCCUGCACAAAGACGUAGCCACCAGGAACUGCACCAUCGACAGCGAGAUGUGCGUACGCGUGUGCGACACGGCGCUGUCGCGAGACCUGUUCCCCGGCGACUACCACUGCCUGGGGGACAACGAGAACAGGCCUGUCAAGUGGCUGCCCCUGGAGACCCUCCAGCACAACUCCUUCAGCGCCGCCGCCGAUGUGUGGAUGUUCGGGGUGCUGGUGUGGGAACUUAUCACCCUGGCGCAGGCGCCCUACGUCGAGGUCGACCCCUACGAGAUGCUCGCCUACCUGCGCGACGGAUACAGACUCGCGCAGCCCAGGAGCUGUCCUGAUGACCUGUUCGGCGUGAUGGCCGUGUGCUGGGCGCCGCAGCCAGACGACAGACCGUCCCUGCAGGAGCUGCUCGCCUGCCUCGAGGCUUUCCACAACACGCUCACCGCCUUCAUCUGAAGCUCUACGUGGUUCUUCCUGCUCCAGCAGCUGAUAUUUAUUUUGUUGGAGCUGCUCUUACUACUCCAGGAACUGUGCUUACUCCUCCAGCAGCUGUUUUUUUCUCCUCAUGGAGCUGCUCUUACUCCUCCAGGAGCUGUUCUUAUUCCUCCAGGACCUGUGCUUACUCCUCAUGGAGCUGCUAUUACUCCUUCAGCUUUUCGAGUGCCUCGAGGCUUCCCACAAAACGCUCACUGCUGUCAUCCGAAGCUCUUCGCAGUUCUUGUCUUGUAGUUCCUCGUCGUGGCAUUAUUUCGCAGCAUUACCUGCAGUGUUUCAUUUGAAUAUUGCGCUGUGAUUUCUUAGGAAUAUCUUUUUCUUUCAAUUGAUCGAUGAGUGCGCAACGAUCCGCAAUCGGAAUCAAGUACGUUGAAAAUAUUAUUUUUUUUUGCUUUAUUUUAAAAAUACUACUAUUCUACAUUGCAAUGCACUUUUUUCGAGAGUUCCGGUACUAGACUUUUGCCUCAAUUGAAGGAUUCUUCAAUGCUCCGUUUACGGUACGAGGGCGCAACUACAGUUGAGUAGAUCUCUUCAAUGACAUUACGGAAAAAAUAGAAAGAAAUUCUUGCAAAUAUCUCAACUUCUUCGUAUACUAUCCUAAGGCCUUGUUCUUUGUCGUAACGCUUGUUAAGGAUACGUUUACUUCCAUGUUUACCUCUACAUUCUAAUAUACACACGUCAUGGCGGAUGAUCAGUUUUCUUGGGAUUAUUUAUAUAGCGUUAUAAAUUUAUACUCUCGGUUAAAGAUUCCUCAUAAAGGCUUUUUCAACCUCGGGAAAUAUAGCUUUUGUGCAAAAUUUCGUUUGCAUUUACUCAAUAUGU